GAUAGAAAGACACAAUAUGACAAGGAUCUUUUUCUAAAAAUAUUUUCUUUGGAAUUUUUCUCUUCAUUUAGUAGAGGUUCAUUUAUAAUUAUCUCGGCGAUGUGUGUGACUGUCGUAAUUUCUCAUCCAGUGAAACGAUCGACUGAUCUUAGUAAUCCGUGCUUUGUCUUUGCUGAACAGAGCCCGUCACCAUCAAAUGGAGUGCCGCUUAGAAAAAGUAUCAAAGACCUCAUAGCAAGGACAUCGGGAUUGAAAAUAGAAGCCAAAAACAUAUCAGAAUACUUAGUUAAUAACGGUAAAAUAAGCAGUGCCGAAGAACAAAAAUUGAAGGAAUACAAUGGUUGGAUAGAUGACGAGGAGUUUGAUGCAACGGCGGAACAGAAAUUGGCCGCCAUUGAACAAAAAAUACUCGCACUGAAGUCACAUUAUUAUUUGAUAGAGGAACAUAUGUUAUAUAUAAAUCAAGCUCGCACAAACGGACAGAUAGCUAAGAUAUCAAGUGAAGCAAAAACAAGACAGAAGCUACAGGAUUACGAAACGGAACUUAAAAGUGCAAUGUGCAGCUUGAAAAUAGCGAUACUAUCCAGCGGAAGUGACGUCAAAAGCUCUAUAUCAGAAAACGACCUUGAUUCGUCAUUCCUGUCAUUAAAGUCCAAUCUUGUGAAUGAUAUCCAUAGGACAUACAUUGCAGUUCAAGAUGGCGUACAAUUAAUGGAUUUUCUGAACACAAUAUACAAAGUGAUCGAACUUUCUCUAGACGACACAGAUGCCUAAUAAUGAACCCAAAACACUUCCUAUGAAACCUUUAAAAGAUUUGUGAAUUCUUACUUUUAAAGACUAAAAAUAUUUAAAUGUAAGCGAUAUCGAACAUUUUUAUAGAUGUAAUAUUUCGAAGAUCUUCAAACUACAUUUUGUAUUAAUAAAAAGGCUUCAAGGAUUUACGGAUGCCGGAAGAACCCUGACAAAUUAUGAAGAAAACGUAUUUACAAUGUCUCCUUACAACUGCUUCCAGAGAUGUUUAUAUUUGUUUGUUGUUUUUUUUUAAAUCAUAUGAUGCUGUCAAUUAUGUUGUUUUAUUUCAUUUGAAUCUGUUUUAUUUUUCAGAUCUGAAUCAUUAAUACUGCCACUCUUGUCUUGUGAAUUUACAUGUACGUUUACAUUUUAUAUUCAUGCUAUAUUAUUAUAUAAAUUCUAUGAU